UCUCAGUAAAGGGAAUGCAACCUGAACGAGUGACUUGUUUUGAAUGCAGCUUAGAUCAGACGAAGGAGUUGCCCUCUCUCAACAGCAUCACAUUUGUGAUUUUCCAGACCAGAAAGAUUAUAAAGAUAGACGUGUAUUUUGCUACGCGUAACAUUAAUCUGAUACAUAAUGCAACCGUUCUGAGCAGUGUGUAUUAAGUUUACGAUGCGGGGAUUGCUUUAAACUGUGAUCAUCAACGUAUGGACCCGGUGCCCGUCGGCUGAGACAUCAUUUACGACCUGUGAGACUGACGAGGCGGGACCGCCGACAGGAUGGUGGAGCGGUCGGACCGAGCCCCUCUGCUGGACUGGGAGGAGGUUCCGUCCGCGGAGCAGCCCGGCGGAGCGGCACCGGCGACACCGCACGCCAAGGAGCGACUGGCGAGCCCCUCCAACAGCCGUGGCUCAUCGGGAUGCUCCGCGCCGGGGCUCGGGUGGAGCAGCGGUCCAGGGGGUCCCACUCCCAGCAGGUCUGUAUCCAACGGUGACGGCUGCAGCGCCCCACCCGCGACCUACAGCACACCGACGACGGGCUCGGGGGAAGCCCCGCGUCCCGAAAACGAGGAUCAACUCUCGGAUUCGGAAUCGAGGGAGCCGUCGCUGGAAGACAGGAUGGUGACAUGGGAGGAAAAGGACCAGAUAGUGUCGGUCUUUGUGGUUACAUUCAAUACCAGAUCAGGAAACAUGCUGGAGUGGUGCUUGCCCAAAGACAUGGACCUGGAGGGAGUGGAGUUCAAGGCCAUAGCCAGCGGCUCCCACAGGGUCACCACAGACUUCAUCUACUUUCGGAAGGGCAGCUACUUUGGCCUCGCCUGCUUUGCCAACAUGGCGGUGGAGAGCGCGGUGGAGAGGGGGGCGAGGAUGAAGUCGGUAGGGAUCCUGUCUCCUUCCUACACCCUGCUCUACCGCUACAUGAGCUUUCUGGAGCACCAGGUCAGGCUCCAGCUUCAGUCGCCAGGCCACUACUCUCCCCUGGAAGCCUUCUAUGAGGACAAGAGAGCACUUCUUCCCCCCAGUGGUGAUGGGGUUGUUACAGCGUGCCCGGCCAAUGCCUGGGGAGCAGCGAUCAACCACUGCAUGCACCCCGAGAUGAAGAUCACCCACCCUGCAGGCUGUAUGUCCCAGUUCAUCCGCUUCUUUGGGGAGCAGAUCAUGGUGCUGUGGAAACUGGCUCUCCUCCGCAGACGCAUCCUCAUCUUCUGCCCUCCACCCGUGGGCGUGGUCUGCUACAGAGUUUACUGCUGCUGCUGCCUGGCGAACAUCUCCCUCCCCGGCAUCGGCGUGGCUGUUCCCGAGUUCCGUCCCUUCUUCUACGUCAACGUGGCCGACAUCAGCGCCCUGGAGAACGAGCUGUCCUACGUGGCGUGUACGACGGAGAAGAUCUUUGAGGAGAAGAAGGACCUGUACGACGUGUAUGUAGACAAUCAGAAUGUGAAGACCUACAGGGACGGCCUGAAGUCUCUGCUGCGUCUGAGCAACGCAGACAGGGAGAAAUAUCGCAAACUCACCGAACAGAGGCAGAUGCUGCUGUACUCCCAGGAGGAGAAUGGUGACUGUGUGUCCAGCGAAGAAGAUCUCUUCAUCUUGUUUUUCCUGGAGCAGAACAACCGGAUUUUCCAGACCCUUGGCGAGGUGGCAGGGAGCCCCGAUCCCACGCUGACCCAGGAGAGCGUGAGGGCCAUGGGUCUGGAUCCCCAUGGAGACAGGCUAUUCCUGCUCCACCUGCUGGAGAUCUACGGCUACGACACCCUGCUGGUGUCAGACCAGCUGUGCUGCAGCUGAGCGACCGUGGACAGCCGGCCCCACCCACGUUUAUAUCAGUGCCCGUUUUAAAAAGGGGGUUCCUUUGCCCCAAGCUAACGUUGAGUGCUGCACUACGGGCUUCUUGGAGUCUUCAGCACUGUUUGGAAGUUCUCUGGUAUCAUUUUUUUGUUGUUGUAUACCCCUCCCUCACAAUCUGCUGGAAUGAGCAACAAUCCCCCGUGUGUGUGUGUAUCAUCACCAAGAGUAUGUGGUCAUAUCUGCUUGAUACAUCGCCAGGGAGGCUUAAGGAUGGAUUACCUACCCGUGGCUGAUUAAAAAGUGAUUCUGUUGAUCGGAUACAGCGUAUCCGAGUAUUUCAGCACUGAGCAGUGUUUGAAUGCCAUGGAUGGCAGGUCCAUGAGGAUUAACGAGUGGCCUGAACUGUACUCAGAGAGACCUCUUCCAGGGUGAAGCCGGUGAUUUUCAGUGAACAAAGCUUGUACAAAUUACUGAUGUAUGAAAGUGAAAAUAAGAGAAGUGGCUAUUCUGUAAAUAAUCCUUUCCCCCCCCCCCCCC